CUGCCUGCGUCAAUUGAUUACGUCGUUAUAGUGCCAUCACCUGGGAGAUGUUUCAAUCCAGUUAUCACAACAACCAAGGGGCGCCAGCAGGAAAUGGGAAAGAAUAUAAAAAUCAGCGUCGUAUACUAGACAGUACACACACACAAUAUCUGUACAGCACCGCCACCACCGCAAUAUAAAGUUUGGCCUACUUUAACAGGCUGUGGCGUCAUCAUUCGGCAUAUGUUCAUCCCUAAGGGAAGGGGGGAGCCAGUGAUCAAAGAAAUGGGUGGAAGUCCGCAACAGCAGUACUGCCUCCGCUGGAAUCAGCACCGUUCGAAUUUAUUAGGAGCAUUUGAUCAUUUACUGCAGACGGAAGCGCUGACGGAUGUGACCCUGUCGUGCGGAGGUGCUUCCAUCAAGUGUCACCGGAUCAUUUUGGCCGCCUGCUCCGGUUACUUCCAGUCGCUCUUCGUCAACGACAACCUGUACCUUGGCUCGCCGCAGCAGCAUCCCAUCGUCGUCUUCAAAGACAUCCAGCUGGCGGAAUUGAAGGCCAUUCUCGAGUUCAUCUACCGGGGAGAGGUGAGCGUCGCUCAGGAGCAGGUCGGCGCUCUCCUCAAGGCCGCCGAAUCGCUCAAAGUCAAGGGACUCUACUCCGAGGACAGCGCCGGAAGUCCGGCCGGAUUGUCCGGUCUCAGCUUCGAGCCCACCUCCGGUCACGCCGCCAAUUCCGGAUUCCUUCCGCAAAUUCACACUUUGCCGGCUGCAGCGGCGGUGGCCUCGCACAUUCCUCCGGCUCCUCCGGUUGUCCAGCAGCAGCCUCAGCCGGUCGUUCAACACCUUCCGGCCAGUCUACUCCAGAUGCCCCUCUUCAAACGUUCACCUGCCAAAACUCCCGAGAGGACCAAUAGCAGUUUAGAUAAGGAAAGAGAUGGAUCGUCCAGUUCAGAAACCAAUCCGCCUGAAGAUGACCGUGAAGAGCCCAUGGUGACUGAUCGAAUCAAAUCCAACCAUUCUCCCGUCUUCAAUCACGUCAAAGAUUUGGCGCAAAGUUCUUCACUGUCCGAGUAUCACGUCAAUAACGGCAAAAGCAAUAAUGGCAACCGGCCGGAAUUGAAGCGCUACCGACAGUACACCCGUCACGAUAUCGCUGCCGCCAUCGAGGCCGUCCGUAGCGGGCAAAGUGCCUUGCAGGCAUCGCGACUCUACGGCGUUCCGUCCCGCACUCUUUACGAUAAGGUGAAGAAAUUGGGAAUCGUGACUGGCCGUCCGUACCGCCAAUCCAUCGCCGUUGCCGUUUCUUUAGCUCAAGGCGGAAAUCUCUCAUCCGCCGGAUCUCCCGGAUCGCGGAUCAACGGCGGAGGCAACGACGACGACGACUCGAUGGAUGUCGUCCAUCCGCACCACAACUUGCACCACCACCACAACGGCCACUUCCACCGCCGUCCCAACACACUGGAAGAGUUGAGCCUUUACUUUGCCGCUUCUCCGGCGGCGGCCGCUGCCGCCGCCGCCGAGCUGGCCCUCAGCCAGCACGUCCUGGCCGCCCAAACGGCCCGCGGUGUCGUGCCCCCGCAACCGCCGUCGACGACGGACGACGACGACAGCGGAACGGGAGGCUUCCAUCCAGCGCCGAUCGAUUUGUCGCAAAACUACGAGCGGAUGAUGCGCAAUCCAUCCGGCGGCGGCGAGGUCGACCAUCAGCCGCCGACGGUCUCGGUCCGAGACGUGGUCGCGGUAGACACGUCCAAUAAAACCAGCGAAUUGCUGCUGGUCGACAAAAGCGCUUGAAACGCCAUCUCUCGGUGCUCCCAAUUGCACUUCAACAAAUGUCUCACACGUGUAUACGAAAAUAAUAAUAAUAAUAAUUUAAAGUCAGGACAAACUUGUGUGAAAGAUUUUUAAAAUAACUCGGAUAAACAUUUUGGUGUGAGCCGAUAUACAGUAAAAAAAAAAAUGAAAUGUCGUAAAUAAUUUUUGUUUUUGACUCUCAGGAGACUGAUUUUGAUGAUGUGAAUUGACAAUGUUUUUUUGCGUGUGAUUUUAUUCAUUAUUUUGUAUGAUCAUCCAUGUUGCGAGGUGCGUACCUGCAUAUUAAUACCAUGUCGACGUAACUACUACCUCUCACGAACUCUCGAUAUUGAUGCUGUUCGCUCAACACAAUUUUUAACGUAUACGAAUGAGUUCUUCCGCAGAAUUAGUCACGAUUCAAGAGUUGCAGAUCUGUUUCUGUAUAAAAUUAUAUUUGCCCAUUUUCUUAUUAUUUUUUGGUAACCUUUUUUCUCAAUUUUUGUAAUUUUUUUUGGCUGUUCCUCCUGAUGCCAAUACAUGUUAAUAUGCCCAUAA